AUGAAGAGGCAAAACAUUAGGACCUUGGUGCUCAUCAUAUGCACAUUUAUCUACCUGCUGGUUGGAGCUUCUGUCUUUGAUGCCCUAGAGUCAGAAGAAGAGACCAUCGAAAGAAAACGGCUAGAAAAGAAACAAGAAGAAUUAAAAACAAAGUAUAACCUAUCAGAAGAGAAUUACAUAGAACUCGAGUUGGUGGUCUUAAAACUUAAACCUCACAAAGCCGGAGUGCAGUGGGCAUUUGCUGGAUCCUUUUAUUUUGCCAUCACUGUGAUCACCACUAUAGGUUACGGCCAUGCUGCUCCAAGCACAGAUGGAGGAAAAGUGUUCUGCAUGUUCUAUGCUCUCUUGGAUCCACUUACCUUGGUUAUGUUCCAGUGCCUGGGCGAGAGGGAUCAACACAUUUGUUAGUAUCUCCUGUACCGUAUUAAGAAGUGCCUUGGCAUGAGACGGGCUGAUGUAUCUAUGGCGAACAUGGUCAUCAUUGGUUUCUUUUCGUGCAUAAGCACCUUGUGUAGAGCUGCUGCGUUCUCAAGCUAUGAGCAGUGGAGCUUCUUCCAUGCAUACUACUACUGCUUCAUUACACUCACUACUAUUGGGUUUGGAGACUAUGUUGCCCUCCAGAAGGACGCAGCAUUGCAGAAUAAUCCACAGUAUGUUGCCUUUAGCUUUGUGUACAUAUUGAUAGGGUUAACAGUUAUUGGAGCUUUCCUAAACUUGGUGGUUCUCCGCUUUAUGACCAUGAACGCUGAGGAUGAGAAAAGAGAUGCUGAGAACAGAGCUUUGCUAUCUCGAAAUGGUCACUCGAGCAUCCGCACCACAGAUACAGGUUUUCUCUAUGGUGGACUUUAAAACGUCUAUGCUGAAGUACUUCACUUCCAAUCAAUGUGCUCUUGUCUGUGUAUAAGAGUAGGCGAAAAACUGCAGUACUCUAUCCCCAUGAUCAUACCUCGGGACUUGUCCACCUCAGACACAUGCAUAGAGCAGAGUCACUCCUCACUGGCAGAUACAUGGACAUUUCCAUCCAAUGGAUGUAUUUGUAACAAUCAGCAUUCAGCCAUUAGCUCAGUGUCUACAGGAUUACAUAGUUUAUCUGCCUUUAGGGACCUAAUGAAGAGGAGAAGUUCUGUGUGAUUUAGGACUCAACAAAUACACAGACUUGUAUGAUCUACUGAAAUCAUAAACAGAUCUGCGAUAUAUUGAUGAAUAGUUUUUUAUCGAACGUGUUACUUUCAAUAAGAAUAAACAUCAUGUGCAGACAGACAUUAA